AUGACAACCAGUGACGACGCUCUAGAUAGGGCCGAGCUACAUGACAUCACAACCAGUGACGACACUCUAGAUAGGGCCGAGCUACAUGACAUCACAACCAGUGACGACGCUCCAGAUAGGGCAGAGCUAUAUGACAUGACAACCAGUGACGACGAUCUAGAUAGGGCAGAGCUACAUGACAUCACAACCAGUGACAAUAAUCAAGAUAGGGCAGAGCUACAUGACAUCACAAGCAGUGACGACUCUCUAGAUAGGGCAGAGCUACAUGACAUCACAACCAGUGACGACCCUCUAGGUAGGACAGAGCUACAUGACAUCACAACCAGCGACGACGCUCUAGAUAGGGCAGAACUACAUGACAUCACAACCAGUGACGACGCUCUAGAUAGGGCAGAACUACAUGACAUCACAACUAGUGGCGACGCUCUAGAUAGGGCAGAGCUACAUGACAUCACAACCAGUGACGACGCUUCAGAUAGGGCAGAGCUAUAUGACAUCACAACCAGUGACGACGCUCUAGAUAAGGCAAAGCUACAUGACAUCACAACCAGUGACAAUAAUCAAGAUAGGGCAAAGCUACAUGACAUCACAACCAGUGACGACGCUCUAGAUAGGGCAGAGCUACAUGACAUCACAACCAGUGACAAUAAUCAAGAUAGGGCAGAGCUACAUGACAUCACAACCAGUGACGACGCUCUAGAUAGGGCAGAGCUACAUGACAUCACAACCAGUGACGACACUCUAGAUAGGGCAGAGCUACAUGACAUCACAACCAGUGACAAUAAUCAAGAUAGGGCAGAGCUACAUGACAUCACAACCAGUGACGACCCUCUAGAUAGGACAGAGCUACAUGACAUCACAACCAGUGACGACGCUCUAGGUAGGACAGAGCUACAUGACAUGACAACCAGUGACGACACUCUAGAUAGGGCAGAGCUACAUGACAUCAAAACCAGUGACGACGCUCUAGAUAGGGCAGAACUACAUGACAUGACAACUCGUGGCGACGCUCUAGAUAGGGCAGAACUACAUGACAUCACAACCAGUGACGACGCUUCAGAUAGGACAGAGCUACAUGACAUCACAACCAAUAGGGCAGAGCUACAUGACAUCACAACCAGUGACAAUAAUCAAGAUAGGGCAGAGCUACAUGACAUCACAACCAGUGACGACACUCUAGAUAGGGCAGAGCUACAUGACAUCACAACCAGUGACGACGCUCUAGAUAGGGCAGAGCUACAUGACAUCACAACCAGUGACAAUAAUCAAGAUAGGGCAGAGCUACAUGACAUCACAACCAGUGACGACGCUCUAGAUAGGGCAGAGCUACAUGACAUCACAACCAGUGACGACACUCUAGAUAGGGCAGAGCUACAUGACAUCACAACCAGUGUUGACGCUCUAGAUAGGGCAGAACUACAUGACAUGACACCCAGUGACGACACUCUAGAUAGGGCAGAGCUACAUGACAUGACAACCAGUGACGACGCUCCAGAUAGGGCAGAGCUAUAUGACAUCACAACCAGUGACGACGCUCUAGAUAGGGCAAAGCUACAUGACAUGACAACCAGUGACAAUAAUCAAGAUAGGGCAGAGCUACAUGACAUCACAAUCAGUGACGACCCUCUAGAUAGGGCAGAGCUACAUGACAUCAAAACCAGUGACGACGAUCUAGAUAGGGCAGAGCUACAUGACAUCACAACCAGUGACGACCCUCUAGAUAGGGUAGGGCUACAUGAGAUGACAACCAGUGUCGACACUCUAGAUGGGGCAGAGCUACAUGACAUGACAACCAGUGACGACACUCUAGAAAGGGCAGAACUACAUGCCAUCACAACCAAUGACGACGCUCCAGAUACGGCAGAGCUACAUGACAUCACAACCAGUGACGACGCUCUAGAUAGGGCAGAGCUACAUGACAUCACAACCAAUGACGACGCUAGAUACACAUGA